AGGAGUUGCAUAUUAAGCCCUGAACUUGAAAUUCAAGAAUAAUUGACAACAUUUGAUAUAAAAUGGGAUGAACAAAGAACCGGAGCGUAUUUCAUUGAACGUCGCUGAACUGUAAAGAACCCAAGUGCCAGUGGAAAUGUUUCGCUUUUGUGUGUGUCUAAGCCUGUUGGCUCUCGCUGCUGCCCAGGGCUACAACUACGCCAGCGCUAGUGCUCCGGAGCCAGAAGUGCUUGAAGCACCUCCCGCUCCUGCUACACAAUACGCCUCCGCUCCAGUGGCUGCCGCCUCGCAGCAAGACAUCCAGCAGGCCGCACCUGCACCCGUAUACCGUAAGGACUUUUACUACUUCAACGCACCCGCCGAGUCUGUUGUACAUCAGUCAAUUGCACCUGCAGUCCAGCCUGCGCCAGUAGUGAAGAAGCACUUGAAUGUGAUUUUCAUUAAAGCGCCUGAGAGCGGCAAAUCACGCUACCAACCUCUGCACACCUCAGUGCCCCAUGUCGCCGAAGAAACACGUACCCAGAUUUAUGUACUCAACAAGGAACCGAGUCGCCAGGCGUCUAGGCCAGCUGCAUCCCAGCAGCACGCCACCACAUACCGCUCGCACCAGCCAGAAGUGCAUCACCUCACGUAUAAGACGGCCGCUGAGGCCCAGCAACUGCAACAGCAGAUCGUACAACAAUACGGUGGCGGAAAUGUGAUUGAAUUGGGCGGCCAUGAGGCAGCGUCAAAUGUGAAUAGACAAUAUCUAGCGCCAGCCGCUUCCAAUGUGAACAGCCAGUACCUCGCACCAGCCGCCUCCAAUGUGAAUAAUCAGUAUCUUGCUCCCGCUGUGGAAGCUGCGGCGGCGUCAGUGCCUGAGCCAUCAAACGCCUAUAUUCCACCAAGUGUAUUCUUCAGACAUUAAACAAUUUCAUGCUGCGCAUUGUUGUUGUUGUGUUGUCAAUCCAAUCUACAAAAACAAAUUUUUUCGUUAUAUUCAGCUUCCAAUUACUUCCAGUAUUUCUCCGUGAGAAAUAUUUCAUAAA